CUCUCGUGGACUCGAGGUCUUAAGUGGCCUGCACCUGGUCUCCUGUCGCCCCCCCCCCCCCCCCCCCCCCCUUCCGCUCACUCCGUCCCUGUCCGUAACGUUCCUGUUCCAUCCCCAGAAAAAGUGCACGACGAGCGGGAGAAGCCCCGCGCCACACGGAACGCCAGCGCGAGCCAUGACCGCCGGGCUCUCCGGCGCCGCGAUGACCAGCUUCGCCGCCACCAAGAACCCCGCGCUGCUGGCCGCGGCCGCGCGCCGCAGGGCGCCGCCUGCCCUCGCCGGGCGCGCGCUGCCCUUCUCGCCGCUGACCACCGCGAGGGCCCCGCGCCGCCGCGGGCUCGGGACCGUCGUCACGUGCUUCGUGCCGCAGGACACGGAGCGCCCGACGGCCGCCCACGUGCCGGUGCCCGAGACGGCGCUGGAGGAGGAGGCCAGGGCCGCGGCGGCGCGGCGCGUCGCGGAGAGGAAGGCGCGGAAGCUGUCCGAGCGGCGGACGUACCUGGUGGCCGCCGUGAUGUCCAGCCUCGGGGUCACGUCCAUGGCCGUCGCCGCCGUGUACUACCGCUUCAGCUGGCAGAUGGAGGGCGGCGAGGUGCCGGUAACCGAGAUGUUCGGCACGUUUGCGCUCUCCAUCGGCGCGGCGGUCGGGAUGGAGUUCUGGGCGCGGUGGGCGCACCGGGCGCUGUGGCACGCCUCCCUGUGGUACAUGCACGAGUCGCACCACCGGCCGCGGGAGGGGCCCUUCGAGCUCAACGACGUGUUCGCCAUCAUCAACGCCGUGCCGGCCAUCUCCCUCCUCGCCUACGGCUUCUUCCACCGCGGCUUCGUGCCCGGCCUCUGCUUCGGCGCGGGCCUCGGGAUUACGCUGUUCGGCAUGGCCUACAUGUUCGUCCACGACGGCCUGGUCCACCGCCGCUUCCCCGUCGGCCCCAUCGCCAACGUGCCCUACUUCCGGCGAGUCGCUGCCGCUCACAAGAUCCACCACAUGGACAAGUUCGAGGGCGUCCCGUAUGGGCUCUUCCUGGGACCAAAGGAGCUGGAGGAGGUUGGUGGCCUGGACGAGCUGGAGAAGGAGCUCGCGCGAAUCCGCAGCCGGGGCAUGUGACUUCGACCGGCGCGGCGGCGGCGUGGACGGAGCGGAGCGGAGCGCGCGGCGGGCUCCGCUCCAGGAUUUUUGUUUUUGGUCGCUUUUUCGUUGAUUCGAUCGUGGGGGAGUCGAGGACAACGAGAAAUUGGUUUGGUUGGUUGUUUGGGGCGUGGAUGUUGUAGCGAACAUUUGUAAGGUCUGGGGUCGGAGGGCACCGUGGGUACAUGGAAAAGUCCGGUGCCAUGGAAUUGUUUUUUUUCUCCUUUCCCCUGCCAUUUUCAGGUCGGCGUCUCUGUGGAGACGUCGCACGUUCUGGUCCCCCUGUAUUGUUCUUAUGACUAGGAUUCUGUGCAUAACACAUGUAGGGAAAUGGCUCAUCAAUGAAAGCAAAAUUCAGUGGUUGCAACACAAA